AUGAAGCUGAAAGACGGUAGCCCCGAUUGCAUCGAAUUCUACAGCCUCGGACAGGAUGAUAUGCUUGGCACAUCAGCUCCACGCGAUAACCCUGAAGUUAUUGAGAGUGAUUGUAAGACCUUUCAGAACUUCUUUUGUCAUACGUAUGGGACUACUCGCCAUCUCCUCGCCCUUUUGGACAAGCACUCGGGUCUCGAGCAUGGCACAUUCGCCGCCCUCAGUCUUCAAGACAAGCCUUCGGGAGCUUUCUCCUCGCCUACCCAAUUGCCUUUCGCAGACAGUGGGUAG